AUAUACCUACAGAAUCAAACCAAAUAAGUUGAAAGCAGCACACACAGGAUCUUAUCCACAAGUCCAGAAAGCCUGGGGUGCAUUUUCCACACCCUCUUGUGGAAGGAAUUACACAAAAGCAGCAUGGCCCUAGAGAGCUGUAUACGAGUAACCACAGUAGGCACAACCAGACCCCAAUGCCUUUCUCCAAUCUUUUCAACUUCAAGGGAAAAGCUUGUUUUCCCAACUCACACAGGAUUCAAGAAAUCCAUGCAAAACUCAACAAGAUCAUACCCAUCUCUCUACACAACCGGUGGUGCCUACAGAAAAUCCCGUUUUAUUUGCAAUGCUCGUGAAGCAGUAAAUGAAGUUCAAGUAGUGACUGACUCGAGCUGGAAUGACCUUGUCAUUGCAAGUGAAACCCCUGUGCUGGUAGAUUUUUGGGCACCAUGGUGUGGUCCAUGCAGGAUGAUAGCACCUAUUAUUGAUGAGUUAGCGAAAGAAUAUGCUGGAAAAAUUGCAUGCUACAAGCUUAACACGGAUGAUUGUCCAACUAUAGCAACACAGUAUGGCAUCAGAAGCAUACCAACAGUUCUAUUCUUCAAGAAUGGAGAGAAAAAAGAAAGCGUUAUUGGUGCAGUUCCCAAAUCUACUUUGACCGCAACGGUGGAAAAAUAUGUCGAUAUAUGAAAUGAGAAAAAUGAUAAAUAAGGUCAUGCAUUAUUACAGUGCCAAAAAUGAAAGGACUGGAAUGGGAGAAAUGAGAAUAGUGACAUUGCCAAUUUUCAUUUUCUUCCAUUCUUUUCCAUGCCCAAUAAGGCAAGUGGUAGUAUUUUUAAGUUAAAGACCGUCUUUCCAUCAAUGAUUUCAACACUUCAAAUAAUGCUUCGUAGUUCGCACCCUUCUUUUUUCAAUUUGUAAAGGUUGCAUUGGAUAAACAGACAGACUUCAUUCAAUGUUUGAAUGUGGAUUACUUCCGUCA